UCAGUGCGAGGGGAGCUCUUACCCUGAAUGAAUCCAAGUAACCCCGGUGGUUGCCUUCUGAAAUGACCAGCAGACACACAACUGUACGGAGGCUACCCAAAGCGUAAACUCUGGUUCUAAUGUACCAUGUCCAGCCAAGGAAGCCCUGGUGAGGAGUUUUCUACGACAACAGUCAGUUCAGUAGCUGUGCAGGCUGGGGACUCCAAAAUCGUUAUAGCCAUCAUAAAGUGUGGCAAGUGGGUACAACUUCAAUUGGCUGAAUCACAGCCCAAUCUUCUGGAAAUUGGAAGCAAUCAAGAUGAAACCAAAAAACUUCUUCAUGAUCAUGAACUUCUUUUGGCCAAGCUUAAGGCUUUGGAAGACCGAGUAUGGGAACUCCUGCAGGAAGCAGACAAGACGGCUCAAGAGAACAAGGAUCAGAGCCAGGUCUAUGAUGCCAUGGCCAAAACUCUGGGUGAAGCGUGGGCAGCCCUGGUCUCCAUGCUUGAGAGAAGGAGGGAGCUUCUCAGGUUGACCUCUGAAUUUUUUGAAAAUGCCUUGGAGUUUGCCAUUAAAAUAGACCAAACGGAAGAUUUCCUCCAGAACACUCAGGAGUUUGAGAGUGCCGAGUCCUUGAAAUCACUCCUUCAGCUUCAUGAACAUCAUACCAAAGAACUCUUAGAACGAUCUCUAGCCCUUUUAAACAAAAGUCAACAACUCACUGACUUCAUAGAAAAAAUCAAGUGUGAUGGACCUAUUGUGAAUCCCGAGAUGAUUCAGGGAGCUCAAAACAGCUGCCUGAAGAUUGACAGUCUUCUUGAACUUCUCCAAGACAGGAGACGGCAAUUAGACAAGUACCUGAAGCAACAGCAGCAGGAAUUGAGUCAGGUUCUGCAGAUAUGUCAGUGGGACCAACAAGAAAGUCAGGUUACUUGUUGGUUUCAGAAAACCAUAAGAGAUUUACAGGAACAAAGUCUAGGUUCAUCACUUUCAGACAAUGAGGAACUAAUUCGUAAGCAUGAGGAACUGAUAAUAAAAGCAAAGGAAUGGAAUUCCGCAGUGGAGAAGCUGAAGAGUGAGGCACUGGGGAUUCUGCUCUCCAAGGAGUAUGUGGAGAAAGAACACCUACAGCUGUCUAACCAGAAACUGAAUUGGCUUCAAGAGGAAUUUGGUCGGCUCACGGUGGAAAGGAAAACCUGGUUAAAAAAGGCAAAUGAUUUUUUUAACAGCGCGAACAAGGCAUUUGAUGUACUUGGAAGAGUUGAAGCUUACCUUAAGCUCCUUAAAUCAGAGGGUUUAAGUCUGCCUGUCUUGGCAGCGAGGCAUGAGGAAUUACACAGAGAAAUUAAAGACUGCACAGCUGAUGCUUUGCAGGAGGGACAAGCCUUAAUCAACCAACUAGCCUCCUGCAGCUCUCUGGUGACCGGUGUCCGUGAGAUGAUGGAAUGCAUCAAGAGGCGAGUUGAUCAUCUGACUGAACAGUGUUCAGCGCACAGGGAAUUUGCUCUUAAUAGACAGCAAUUAACAACCUCAGUGGAGGGCUAUUUAAGAAAGGUGGAAAUGUCCAUUCAGAAAAUCAGCCCAGUAGUUUCUAAUGCAAUGGAUGUCGGUUCCAGCCUUUCUGAAUCAGAGAAGAUUUUGAGUACAUAUCUGGAACUAGAUAAACAAGCUAAGGAGACAUCACAUGAAUCAGAAGCAGCUGCAAAACUCUUGACAGAGAAAAAUGAUUUUGAACCUGAUGAAGUGGCAUCGCUUUCUUCUAAAGCUAAGUGGCUAGAGGAAGAAUUAAACAUACUUGGCCAAAGCCUCAGCUCCAGGUCACAAGUCCUGCAAACUUAUGUGGCAUUUCUAAAGUCAUCAGAGGAGGUAGAGGAGCAAUGUCAGGGCCUAAGGGAGUUUUACCAAACUGAUAUCCUGCGAAAGGAAGAGGGUGUUGCUGAAGCUGAGCGUCUCUCAGACUCAGUGGAGAAGCAGUGGCAGCUGUUUUUAAAGAGGAGCUUUUUAACUCAAGACCUCGGGCUCAAGUUCCUUAAUUUAAUAAGUAUGGCAAAAGCAAAUGAAAUAUUAAAUGUGAAAAAUGAAGUACACAUUAUGGAGAACACUAUGGAAAGCCAGAAAGCAGAAAGGGAAGAACUCAGCCGCCUUCGGAUCGCCUGGCAACUUAAAGCCGCUGCAAGCAAGCCCGUGAAACAGCAGUGGGGAGCGUUCAAAGAGCAACUUAGAAAGACUACUCACAACUUAAAACUUCUUCAGGAAGCACUUAUGCCUGUGUCUGCACUUGACCUUGGAGGGAGUCUCCAGAGCAUUUUAGGUCUACAGAAAAAAUGGAACGAAAUGAAACCUCAGUUCCAGCAACUGAAUGAUGAGGCUCAAUACAUUAUAAAAGAGUCAGAAGAGUUAAGUGGCAAAGGAGCCCCUGUGAAAGAGAAGUCUCAACAGCUGAAGGGCCUAAUUCACCUCCAUCAAAACCAGAAAGAGAGAAUCCAAGAUUACGAGGAGAUCCUGUAUAAGAUUGUCCAGUUCCACCAAGUCAGAGAAGAGCUGGGACGACUCUUCAGAUCAAGAGAACUGGAGUUGCUACAACAGCCAAAGGAAAUGGUUGAUGCUUACGAUGCCCAGGUUCUCCUCAGUCGCUCUCGGGAAAAGCAGGCACACAUAGACCAUCUCCAUAAACUGGCUCUUUCCUUGGGGGUGGACAUCAUCUCGUCAGUUCAGCGGCCUAACUGCUCUAAUGUUUCUGCAAAGCACCUGCAGCAGCAGCUGGACAUCCUUGAGGGGGACAGUCUGAACUGGCGUGCCCAGGCUGAAGACCACGAGCGGGCCCUGACCCGCAGCCUGGAGUUCUGUACCGCGAGGGAUGAGAUGAGCGAGCUCAAAGAGUCAUUCAAAGACAUCAAAAAGAAAUUCAAUAAUUUGAAGUUUAAUUACACUAAGAAAAAUGAAAAAGCUCGAAAUCUAAAAGCUCUGAAAUAUCAAAUUCAACAAGUAGAUAUGUAUGCUGAAAAAUUACAGGCUUUGAAAAGGAAAAUGGGAAAAGUUGAGAAUAAGACUUUUUUCUUAAAUUAUCCAAAUAAUAAAGUGAAUGUCCUUUUGGAAGCCAUGAGGGAUUUGCAGAAAUAUGUGGAUGAGUUUGACAAAGUUGUGACAGAUUACAGGAAGAAUUUGGACCUGACUGAGCAUCUCCAGGAGUUGAUAGAAGAGUGUCACUUUUGGUAUGAAGAUGCAAGUGCCACAGUUGUAAGAGUUAGAAAAUAUUCCACAGAGUGCAAGACCAAGGAAGCUGUGGAGAUUCUCCUUCAGCAGUUCAAAAAGUUUAUCACACCCUCAGUGCCUCAGCAAGAAGAAAGGAUUCAGGAAAUCAGUGACCUGGCUCAGCGCUUAUAUGGUUUUGAAGAAGGGCAGAAAUAUGCUGAGAAAAUAGUGGCCAAACACAAAGAGGUUCUUGAAUCUGUUACUGAAUUAUGUAGCUCUCUCACAGAGCUUGAAGAAAAAAAGGGAAACGUUUUAAAGAUGAAUCUGAAUUUGGAAGGCUUCCACGAUGAUUGCAUUGACCUACUAAAAGAACCAGGGAGAAAUAAGCAGACAAUAUUCAAUAAAGGAAGGAAUAACGAGCAGGCCAAGCCAGCGGACGACUUGGCGGUCAAUAGAGCAGGAGAGGGUCAGCUUCCACGGGAAGUGAAGCAGCUGGUCCCCGGCCCAGAGGGUGCUGUCCAAGGCCUGCUCCUGCCCGUGGAUGUGCUUUCAGGAGAAGAAUAUGACUGUGUCUCGCCCGAUGACGUCUCCCUGCCUCCGCUCCCGGGAAGCCCCAAUUCCCUCCUCGCUCCGUCUGACAUGGAGCUGGAGGCGCGUGCCCUCCCGUCCCUCCACCGGCACCUAAGCAGCCACGGGAUGCAGACAGGGACCAGCGGUCCAGGGGAGGCCCCGGAAUCUGGCCUUCCGCCACCUGCUGCUUUUGCUGUUGCUUGCGAUGAUAAGAGAGAAACAUUUUCGAGUCAUUUUGAGAAGCCUUCCCCCCAGUUCCAAGCUGAGCCCCCAUUAACAUCCCGAAGAUUUCCGGAAGAGAGUACUGACUUCCACAGAAGCAGUGUUAAACCUCCAGAGAGCAUGUGCGGUGAAGUGCAUGCGCGAGCUUUGCAACAGCACCCCCAGGCUCAGGGAAGUUUGCUAGAAACACCGGAGAAAACGCAUGCUGAUAAUAACGUCACUAAAACCCGACAUAGGCUGCAUGCUUCCCAGGAUGCAUGCUCGGGCCUCGGGUUUCAGCCAGGCCCCAGCCAGGCCUGUCAGAGGCAAAUGGUUCCCAGAGAAGAGAUUAAAGUUACCUCAGCAAAGAACAGCAUGGUCAGCCUAGCUGGCCAGGCCCCUAAUUUCUCCAGGCUCUUAUCUAAUGUAACUGUCAUGGAAGGUUCUCCAGUGACUUUGGAAGUUGAAGUAACAGGAUUUCCAGAGCCUACACUGACAUGGUACAAGAAGGGCCAGAAAUUGUCUGCAGAUGGGCACUUGCAGGUUUUACACAAGGAGACAAGACAUUCGGUGUUCAUUCCGAAGGUAUGCGAGGCAGAUGCGGGCCUCUAUGUGGCUCGGGCCCAAAACUCUAGUGGCGUUCUCUCUUCCAAUAUCAUCCUCCACGUGACAGGUGACCGCAGGCCGCCCAUCACAAGAAUAAACUGGAUCCUGCUGAGUGUCAUCUAUGUUAGCGUGUCCCUAAUGUACUGGCUACUCACACAGUAACUGCGCGGUUGGCACCAAUGGGCGUCAUUCUUAUGAGCCUAAAGGACAACAAUACUGCUGUUUAUUUUCCUGCAUCUCCCACCCAGCAUCCCCAACCAAGUAUCCCCCACCCAGUGUACCUCCAUUCUGGCCGUAUUGCUUUUUUGGAAUACCACUGCUCGGUGAAAUCAUCCAAUUUUCUUUAGUGCUUUAAUGUAUUUGAAGAGCUCAGUAAAUCAUUAGCAGCGAAUAAGGAUACAUUUUGUAUUCUCAAAAGAGAAGUGUUCAGUAUAAAACACAGUCAAAUUAUACUAUGUUUAUUCCCUCCUAAUUUAAGAGCAUUCAGAUCAAGUCUCACAUCAGCAUGCAGAUGUGUUUUAUUUCAAAUCCAACUGUUUGAUAAUCUAUUUUUAAUUGUACGCAUAAACAUCUCUUUGUAGAAUAAGAGUAGAAAUGUUGAACUAAAAUUGUAAUUUUCAUUAUUGCAUAAGAUGUCCUUUAAUUUUGCUUUUCAUGUCUUGAUCUCAUUUAUUGAAAUACAUUCUAUGUAGUUUCAACAUAGCCUACAUUCCUGAGUCUGAGGAUGCCACUGCAAAUAAUCAUUCCUCCUGUUCAUCUCAUGGGUUUGACAUUGGAGAAUAGAUGUGCUGUUAGCCUUAAAUGGAGUUUGAAACCUCCAUCAGCUGUGUGUGUCACAGAGCAAGAUAGAGCAUAGCCGCAGAGGUGGACCAACAGUAUUCCUGUCCUUCCGUUGACAUGUUUUGGGCAGCCAUGUGUAUACAGCUGCAACCGGCUUCUCCUGCUUCUAAUCUUGAUUCUGUUGCUGACCAUUUUUACAGCCUGUGGGAAGGCAUAGUAGUGCCUCAAUUUCCCAUUUGGCAAAUGGAUUCAUCAUCUACCUCUUGGGCAACUGAAGGUUUUCAUUUCAUGUCUUGUAAAGAUCUGGAAAAUGGAAAGUACUCUAUGAAGACUAAGGGUGAUUGUAUUGCUUACUGUAAUUUGUCAUCACACUGCCUUCUGCCCACUGUUUUCUUUCAGAUAUUGUUUCUUUUGAAUAUUAACUUAAAGGAUGGUGUUAGUAUGUGAUUUCCAACUAUUUCCAUAUAGGAAAAUUAUGUUUUCUGAAUUGGAGCUUAAAUUCCUUUCUAAUUUCUUAAGACUAUAUCUUUUUCAAAGACUUGAAAUUAAACUCAGGGGGAUACAUUUAGUAAGAUCUUGGGAGAGAAAAAGUAUAUAAUAGGAUGACAAGAUAAAUUCUAUCCUUUUCUUAUAAUUACCACUGUAAUAUUGAAGAAUGUUCUAUGCCUUUCUGAAAUAUAUUAUUCAGAAAAGAGGAUCAUCAUUUUAGUGCCUUUAAAAAAUAAACAUGUAUAAGAGAGGCAUUUGUUUUUAGAUUUUAAAUGUAGUCUUGUCAUGUUAGGGUAAAAUCUUUAGUUGAAAGAAUAUUCAUUAUAGAUUUUUGAUGAAGGGGAGGCAUUAAUUAUGUUGCUGUAAAGCCUGUCUACAAAUAAUAAAAAUAUUUAAAUUUAAUAUAUUCAAGUUGGUAUUAAAAAGUUACUGGAUAUUAACCAAAGAUGUGAAAUGUGUGGCUAAGUAAAAAGUUGGCAUAUA